AUGCUUUUCGAUAAAGACAGUACUUUAACUUAUAGAAAACUGAUGCAAAUUUAUCAAUCCAUAUAUUCCAAUUUGGAUACUCCACAAGAUAUUUCCUUACCAAAGGUUACUAGUGAUGAGUUAAUGAUACUUAAAUCUGUAUUGGAAAGUGUUAGGAAAUCCACAAACACCAUCAAUAGAAAUUUAAUUGAUUUAGAAGAUGAGUUAAUUGAACAAGCGAGUGAGAAAGGUAAUAAUGAUGCCAUUACUCUUUUAUCCUUUAAGACCAUUUCCGAUCCAAAAGCUUCACGAGAUGAUAAGAAAUAUGCCCAGAAACUUAUAGAUGACUUGUCUAAUAUGAAACAUCCAUUGGUAUUUAAAUUGGCUGGUGAUUUGGCUUAUGGUAAAAAUGCUUUCCAACAAGCUGUAAAUUUUUGGUUACAAUUCAUAGAGUUGGAAAAUGAUACCAUCGCUGCUAGUCAUGUUUAUACUAAUCUUGGGAUUUUCUAUUAUACUUUACAACCAAAACCUGAUUUAGUUAAAGCUAAACAUUAUUUAGAAAAGGCUUUACAUUUUGGUGAACCUGAUGCUACAGUAAUUAAAGCUCACUUUUAUUAUAGUCAAUUAUUCACUAUCACCGAUCCAAAAACUGCUAGGUAUCAUCUUGAAAUAUGUGCCAGCAAAGGUGCUAAAGAAAGUUUGCUACAUUUAGGAUUCUUAGAAUUGAAUACUUUCAAUAAUUACGAAAAGAGUCUUGAAUGGUUCAAAUUAGGUAAUGAAGAAAAAGAUGAUUUGAAAUGUUUGAUUGGUGAAUUUGAGAGUUACGUUGGUUUGAAACAAUAUAGAAAUGCUAUGGGAAUCCUUCAAGAUAUUAAAGGAAUAUAUGAUACUAUGAAAACCCAGCCCAAAACUAAUAAUUCCGUAGCUGCAAAUUUAAAGAUUCUUGAAACAUUUUAUAGAACCCGUGAAAAGACCAUUAGAUUGGUCGGUGAAAAAGCUUUUUAG